AUGGAAGACGUGGACAAAAACAGCUUGGAAAUUAACUAUUCUCAACUGGUAUUAAACAGAAAUACUAGUUUUACAUUACAGACAUGGUAUUGCUCCAUAAAAGUGACCUUCACGGUUUCAGUUCUUCUCCUGCUGGCCAUCGCGGUGGACAGGCACGUGUCAAUAGUGUACCCGCUACGCUAUCACGUGAUCAUGACGAAAACGAGGGCACGUCGCAUUGUGAUAGCUAUUUGGGUCGCCGCCUUAGCUUUUUCUUUGAUCUUGCCGAUGAUGUGGCAUAACGACUGGGACGACAUCCCGGAUGACGAAUGUGAUUUUGUCAAGGUGAUGAGAUGGGAAUAUUUGGGACUGCUGGCGUUCCCGCUUUUUAUAAUUAACACCCUGUGUAUGGUGGGGUUGUAUUGGAAGAUAUUUAGUAUAUCGCACGAGCAGGCAACUAGGAUCAUGCCUGGAGAUACAGGGUGCAGCACCUUCCGGUUCAACCUUCGGAUUGCCAAAACCGCAUCUAUUGUAAUUGGUCUUUUCAUCCUGUGCUGGUACCCGUUCUUCAUUAUCAUGGCCAUUCAAAUCUACGCUGAUCUGAUCUAUUCCGAAACAUGGGAAAACUGGCGCAGUCACGUGACGCAUCUCGCUGUUGCAAACUCGGCAGUCAAUCCAAUCAUUUACGCCUUCAGGAUGGACUCUUUCAGGUCGGAGUUUAAGAAGCUCUUAAAGAUACAAGAUUCGUUGCCAGCGUCUCAGCGGCGCCCUCUUACAUUAGACCCGAGAGAAGGAUACCCCAAUGAGGCUCAAGCUGUUGUAUUGACUAUGUAUACCAAUCACGGUUUUUUUAAAGAGACGACGGACCCAAGCACGCGUAAAUUCGACCUGCCGGGCAGUGUAGACAUGGCGGCGCUCAGCAAAAAUGGCUCUGAUAUUACCCUGUGUGAACAGAACGAUUCUCAAGGCGAGUUCGAUUUAAGCGACAUGAAAAGUAGAGUAAUUGGUCCCUUGGCGGAAAACAACGGAAGCGAGGUAUUGGAACAAUGCUUUUCACAUGUUUUGGAGUCUGAUGAGUCGCCAAACAAUACGAAAGUGUGA